AGACGGGCGCCGAGUCUGUGCCAUGCGGGCGGCGUGGGCGCUGGUGUGGGCGUGGGCGAGCGGGCGCGCGUGGGCGGGGCCGCUGCUGCCGCUGGGGGCGGGCGGCGCGGGGGCGCUGGCCGCGUGGGCGCGCGCCGCCCUGCGCUGCGGCUGCGUCGUCCUCCUCGCGCCCCCGCACCUGCGAGGCCUUCAGGCUGAGGCAGAACUGCACGCUUUGUGGCGGGACGUAGGUGAACGGGGAGCCAUUUCAGCUGUUAUGUACUUCCAGAGUUUCAACGGAACAGUGCAGGCCGACAGAUGUCGUGGGCAGCCUCUGUUUCUGCUUAUUAUCCCGAACACCUUGGGACUUUCGGAUGCACAAAACCUGCUACAA